AUGGAGAUGCGGAAGUUCAUUCACACGGCAACAAGUGACAGCAACCGAGAGGCAAUCAAACCUCUGAGCUCAGUUGAGUUGGAGGACGCGGAUGACGUGCAAGUGGAGGUUAUUGUCCGCAGCUCCCCCUGCAGCGCCACCUGUGGGGUGGGGCUUACCACUCAGACCAUGUGUUGUCUGAAUGACAGUAAGAAAGACAUGGAAGAAAGUGGGAGGAGAACAAACAGGACAUCACAGGUGUCAAAGGUGUGCCGUGUCCGCAAGGUGAAGUGUUUGGAGUCUUGGCAGUGCGGCCUCAGGACGAUGACUGUGACUUCAGGAGAGAAAGUGGAGCUUGACUGUCUAGGAGAAGUCAUGGAGGCGAUGGGGUAUUUUUCCUGGCGGGUGCUGUGGCGUUACGCACAUGGAAUCAUCACCUCCGAUGACACUCUGUUUGCUCAUUGGAAAGCGCCUCAGCUGGACAAAGUGAUUCUGGACCCGGUCAGAGAGGAGGACGCAGGUACUUACCGUUGUAUGGUACAAGACGCUAAAUAUCGCCGGGUAAAGAGGGUCUACUGGGGCAUCCGGGUUUUACCCACUGAGGUGCUCAAUCUGGACUAUGAAGGCACUCUCACCAAGUGGGAGUCAACUCCAAACGAGCAGAACCAGCAGAACCAGACUGUGUCUUACCGGCAGGACCAGUGGAUGAUCCUUUACAUGGUGCUGAUCCCACCGAGCCUCGCGGGUGCUGUUGCGGGACUCAUACUGGGCCUCUGCUGGGCAGUGAGGAGGCGACAGCAGGGGGGAGUAGUAGUGUAG